CCUGUGGGACAGCCCCCGCAUACAUCUCCCUCCCUCCCCCCCUCUCCCUGUCUUCCUUCUCCGACUCCCCCUCCGACUCCCCCUCCGACUCCCCCUCCGACUCCUCCCCCCAUUAUUUCUUCCCAUCACCACCCACAUCCUCUUCCCGCCGGACUUUGAGGCUGGCUACCUGGGCAUCACUGCGUUCCAGGUGCUCGGCCACUCUCCGUCCCUGUGGUUUUCUUCUCACUGAGGCAUGGUUCCCACGUUCGGGGUCCUUGUUGGCCCCGAUGCUAGCGCCGAGGUAGAGUCUCCCGGGCGCCUGCACCGCAGCGACUCCCCUGCCCCUGAGUACUCUCAAGAUCCUCCGCCUGGCCCGGAGGAGUAUGGGCCCUUCUUCGAUGCAGUUUCUCCUGGACCCGAGUCUUCAGGCCUUCCUCCUCCAGCUUCCGAGCCGCUUCCCAGUGUCGCCACUUUGUCGCCUUCAUCCACUUCUCCUGGGCCUCUGUCGCCUCGGCGCUUUCCGGUGACCAUUCCCCCACGGGCAGCCCGGCGUCCAAGCAUCUCCCAUGUCGGACAUACCGCCACCAUGGUCGCCCCGACCGCUGCUGCCCCAUCCGCCGCCGAGGAGGCCCCAAGGCUGCCCACACAUCUGGCCAUUGGUGGGUCGCCACACUCGCCACGCUCCCCGCAGUCUCCCCGCCAGACUGAAGCACCUGCGCCGAGUUCCGGACCGGGGGACAUGCGCAAGGUCGGCAACCCGGGUCCCGGGGGGAUCCAGCUCGCUGUGGCUCGCCAUGCUCCCCCGCAUGCCAAGCCCACGCAUGCUAUCCUCCCAGCCGGGGGGGACUCCGUCACCACCCUGCCUCUUGCCUCUCUGCCGCCCGCGGUGGUGAUGCAGCUCUUUUCCAGCAUCCCUCUACCACCGGCAGUAUCAUCACACCGACGGGGAUCGGUGACUCGCGAGACACAGGCAGUCGCCACCGGCGGGAGUGAUGGGGAUGUCGAUCUGUCGGCCGCGCGACGACCCCAUCUCGUUGCCAUUCCCAACCCGUUGCCGGACGCCCCACCCCCGAAGCGCGCGGCCCUCUCAGACCGGGCCGAGGUGGCGGUUGGCGCCACUGAAGGGGCGACCAUCCGACCUGGUGUCGGGCUCAAAGAUGACGCCGUCGCGACCGAGACCGCCAUGGCCGCGCGGGCGACGCCCCCUGCGCCGCCGCCCCUCCCCCCCCUUCCGCCAAUUCUGGCCAGCGCUGAUUCCUUGAUCCCCAACGGCUUCGCCCUGACGCCGAUUGACAUCAUCAAUCUGAAUGCCCGGCCAGCGCCGCCUCCGCCCUAUCGCUCCGUUUGUACCUUCCAAACCCGGCUUAUCACAAACGACUCGGAUGAUCCGGCCCUGCUGAUGCCACAGUCUUUCCGCUUCAUCCUCAAGAACACCCUCUCCGGGAUCCCCGUGCUGGCGGCUAUCCACGCGCAUCCAGGGCACGCCAUCCCGGUGGCAAAUGAGCCCCUGGGAUUCUUGCAUCCACAGGCUGCCGACCCGCUGGUGGACUUUUUCCAGCGCGGUAUCGUCUGGGCCACUGGCAACACGAUGCAGUACUUUUCAGGCAACCAGCGCUCGGGGGCCUCGGUGGCCUCGGUGGAUGAGGGGUUCCUGCGGGUUUCCUCCGGCCACCGGACCAGCGACCCGGAUCCUGGCGUCCGGCAAAUGCACCAGGCUCUGACCCGGUCCUUGGCUCCGCUGGGUGGGCUGCCGAGCGUUUUUGCCUCGAUUGAGCUUUUCGCCCCUCUGGGCGAGCACUCGCGCAUCAUCACUGCCUGCACGGCGGCCGGGCUGCUGAUCACCCAUCGGGAUGGCGUGGAUUCGGCUCUGGUGGACCCGAUCACCGGGGCGGCCCUGCCGACCUACGAUGGUGGCUCCGGGUCCGGUGGCGGUUUCGACGGGAUGGCUGCCUUCCGUGGCACCGGGGCCCUUUCGCGACCGAACAACAUCGACGUUGACCUCUUCGCGGAUGGUGCCGACGAGGAGGCCUCGUCGGACGAUGAGUCCGGUCGCGAAUACCUGGAGGAGCUGUUCGAGUCAUUGCAGUCGGCACACUCCAUGCUCCCGGAGGCCCCGCAGCCUAUCAAUCUUCGGACCAACCUCUUUUCCUACCAGCUUCAAGGCUUGUGGUGGCUACGGGCGCGAGAGGCCGAGCCCCGCGAGCAACUGAAGCAGAAGACUCUCUUCUGGGAGUAUCACGCACCCUCAGCCAAGUACAUCAACCGUGAAACCAACACCACUCAAUGGGAAACCCCGCGCCUGACUCGGGGUGGAAUCAUCGCCGAUGACAUGGGCCUCGGUAAGACCAUCCAGUUGAUUGCGCUGAUUGCUUCGACCGAACGCAUGGACCCGGCCCUCUCGACCACCAUCAACCCGGAGGAUUUCGUCGAGAUCCCGUCGCGCCUCGGCUUGCCGGACCCCCACCCGAUUGCCUUCCUCCGGCGGCCGAUCCUCCGAUCUCGGGCCACGCUCAUUGUUUGUCCCCUGUCGUUGCUCUCCCAUUGGGAGUCACAGAUUAUCCUUCACACUCAGCCGAACACCCUCACACAGUAUACAUACCAUGGGCCCUCAAGGCGCAAGGAUAUUGCCUUCCUGUCCGGCUUCGAUGUGGUUCUGACCACAUACAAUACCAUUUCUUCCGAGUGGGGCACCGCUUCGCCGGACACAUGGGGGCCCCUACACAAGGUGUUUUGGCGCCGCAUCAUUCUCGACGAGGCGCACAACAUCAAGUCCCUGAGCGCCAAGCAGUCACAGGCCACCUUUUGCCUGUCGGCCGAGCGGCGCUGGGCCGUGACCGGCACUCCCAUCCAAAACCAGUUGGAUGAUCUUUUUUCCUUGAUCAAGUUCCUUCGAGUGCCGCAGAUUCAGAACUACGCCUACUGGGGCCGGGUAUUUAUCCCCCCCAAGCGCCGGAAUUCGCGGCUCUCCUCCACGCUGAACGUAGAAAAGUUGCAAGAUCUGAUGAAGGACAUCUGCAUCCGGCGAUUGAAGUCCACCAAGAUCGAGGGCAAGUCUUUGGUCUCGCUGCCAACCAAGCACGAGGCCAUCGAGAAGGUGACCCUCUCGCCGACCGAGCGGUCCUACUAUGACUCGAUCGCCCUCUAUACCAAGAGCCGGCUGGAGAAGAUGCUGCGCAAGCAGCCCGGUCGCCGGGGCCGAAAUGCCCGCGGCAAGAAGCGCUCAGAUACCCUGUCGCAUAUCCUGGUCCUGCUGACGGUCCUCCGUCAGAUCUGCGACUUCCAUGGUCUUGUGCAGGUGAUGUCCCUGAAGCUGGCCUCCUUACAACGAGCUGGCCUGGCGGCUCCGGUGCCCGAAGAGCAGGACUCUGGGACAUCGGACAUGGGGGAAGGUGCAGCCGGGCCUGCGGCCCAUCUCCCAACCGGCGCCAGCACCGGGCCGAUCACCAUCGACCUGACCAGCCUCAUGGGCGAUUCUUCCGAGGAGUCUGACCUAUCCGAAGCCGAAGAUGAGAAGGAGGAGGAAGAGGCCGAGACAAAGGCAGCGGAUCAGGGUCUUGCUGGCGGGAGGGAGGCCCGGGGGACUGACUCGCUCAGGAGCCGGGACCCAGUUGCCCCUUCGGCGCCUGUCGCUCGACGGCAAUCAAUCGUUUCACCGAUUGAACUCCGUCCGCGCCAGGCCAGUCCAUCAAUGAGCCCCGUGGUUUUGGCUCGCCUGGCGGACCCCGGCGGUCUGUGUGAUAUCUGCCUGCACCGGGCCAUCGGGCCGAUUGCCACCAGUUGCUGUGAGCUGGUCAGUUGCCGGCAGUGCAUUGAGCGGGUCAUCGAUGCCACAAGCGACAGCCGUUCCACUCGGUUUGAUGACAUUGGCACCGGGGUUUGUCCCAGGUGCAGCUCCAGCCUCAUGGGAACCAUGCUCCUGGACUUGGAGGCAGCGACUGCCGCGGCGGCGGCGGCGGCGGCGGCGGCGGCGGCGACGACGGCAGUAGCCGCCUCGGCAGCGUCCCCGGUCUCCACAUCGGCGACGGUAGCCCAGGCGGCCCCCUCCUCACAGGCUGGCCCCCAUGCCGCCGCGCCCUUGUCCCCGGGGCGCCCCGGGCGCCUGGAUCCCUUGUCCCUACUGGCCGAGGAGACCGAUGCCGCAAGCAGCAGUGUGGAUCUGCCCCCUUCGCAGCAUGUGGCCAUGCUGGUGGAGCAAAUUCGCGCCGGUGGACACGAGCCUUCGGCCAAGAUCAGCACCCUGCUGGCGCAGCUGCGCACCUUGCAGGACAAAACGCCGGGCGUGAAGAGUGUCAUCUUCUCCCAGUGGACAUCUAUGCUGCAUGUGGUGGGGGCUUUCUUCGAGAGCACGGGCUUUGCGGUGCCGAUCGCGUCGCAGGGUGCCCCCCCGGCGUCCGGUGUCGACGGGGGGGGUCAGUCAUCUAGGUCGGGCCACCCUCGGAGUCUGGCCGCCGGGGCCCGGAUGCGCUUUGUUCGUUUCGAUGGUGCCAUGUCUCUGCGCGAGCGGAAUGAGGCCCUCGAGCAAUUCGAGAAUGACCCCACCGUGACGGUGAUCCUGGUGUCGUUGCGGUGCGGUGGCCUUGGGCUGAACCUCACUUGCGCCAGUCGGGUGUUCUUGCUGGAUCCCUGGUGGAAUCCGGCCCUGGAGAGUCAGGCCAUCGACCGGGUGUAUCGGAUUGGCCAGCGGGCCCCGGUGCGCGUGGUUCGCCUGAUCGCGGAGAACACCGUCGAGGAGCGCAUGCUCAAGCUCCAGCGGAAGAAGCGCGAGUUCAUGUACAAUGCCUUUGGCAAGGAGCGCAACGCCGAGAGCGCGGUCGAGGAGCUGAUUUCCCUGUUGCGCUGA